UUUGGAAUGAGGACCGGCCCUGUUUGUGAUUUCAUCCCUCAACUUCAUCUUCCUCUAUAUAUUCCUCCUACUAAACACACAUCAGUCAACUCAAGAAAAGAAGACCUAACGGAAAGGAACAACCGCCAGCUAUGGUAGUAGAGGAGUCGCUUCGCAUUCAAACACUCAACCAAGUUCCAUCUGCGGAAGAUUUUGCCUUCCAUAUUGAACCGAAGAAUGUUCCAGCUGUCUUUGAAGGAUGUAUCACGAAUUGGAAGGCUUUCUCCAAAUGGAAUCCCUACAAUGGCGGCCUCUCUUAUUUGCAGGAACAUGUAGGAUCAUCUGUUGUGCAAGUGAUGAUGUCCAGAUCUCCACCGGUCUUUUAUGGUGACAUUAGAAGUCAUGAAAGGGUUCCAAUACCAUACUCAACUUUCAUCGCAUAUUGCAUGGAUCAUUUGAAAAAUAAAGAGGAUGGCAAAGAUAAUCCUUGUCAAUCUGAGAAGAAUAGGCUGAAGUUAUCUGACAUUGAUCGAACUGAUAGCUGUGCAAUUGAGGUUCAGCAAUAUUAUCUAGCUCAGGUGCCAAUACUGAAUGCUGAGAAUGAGGAUGCCGCACAAUUGAAGUGUUUGAGUGAAGACAUUCAUAUGCCUGAGUUCUUGCAGACAAAAAGCAUGAUUUCCAUCAAUUUGUGGAUGAAUAGUGCUAAGACCAGAUCAAGCACUCACUAUGAUAUCUACAACAAUCUCUUAUGUGUAGUGUCUGGAUGCAAACAAGUUUCUUUAUGGCCACCUUCUGCAAGCCCCUUCUUAUAUCCACUUCCUUUAUAUGGGGAAGCAUCAAAUCACAGUGCUAUAAUGUUAGGAAGCCCAGAUCUAUCAUUUUACCCAAGGGCAAAAUAUUUGAAAGAGCAUUCCCAGACAGUUGUUCUUCAAGCUGGUGAUGCACUUUUCAUCCCUGAAGGAUGGUAUCACCAAGUAGACAGUGAUGAUUUAACAAUUGGUGUUAACUUUUGGUGGCAAUCGGAAAUAAUGUCUAGUGUGUUGGAGCAUAUGGAUGCAUAUUAUAUGCGAAGAAUAUUGAAAAGAUUGACUGACAAAGAAUUGGACAAAAGAGUUCAACAACUUUCUCUAGCUGGAAAUGAAUUUGCACCCACUACAAGUGACCUGCCUUCUAAUGCACAUAGAGAUGAUACCGAUCCUACUGGACUAGAGCAAAAAAAAUUGUUGCAAAAUUUGGGGUCCCUUGAGCGCCAAUCUCUGCAUGGACUUGUUUCUUUAGUCCAUGACCAUGUCAACCAAAGACAACCUGUGGGGUGCAGCUCUAAUGACACUCAAGGAAUUGAAAGCAAUGAUCAAGUGGCUAUCAGAAAGGAGGACUCAAGUUACUGUCUAGAAGAUCAUAUUGCUAAUCUUAUUUGGUCUCUUGGUCCACUUACUCUUAGGAGUGUUUUUGUUGCAAUGGCACAUAAUUUCCCAAGAACUCUGGAGGCUUUAGUAUUGCAUGCAUUGUCACCAAUUGGAGCAGAAAUCCUAACUCGUAAGUUUGAAGAGAUGGACCAACUUGUGACUGUGGAUGACAGGGACAAUUUCUACCAGAUUGUCUAUGGUGUGUUUGACGAUCAGUUUGCUGUGAUGGACAAACUUUUAAAUAGAAAAGAGUCAUUUGGCUGUCAGGCAUUCAAAGAUGUGCUUGAUCAGUAUUUGGGAGUUAAUUUCAAUGAUGGACCUCAACGGCAAGUCUGAUAAACAUCCACUGCUGCCAGUUUUCCAAAUAUGAAGUAAAACCUUGCACCACAUUCAGAUUGAUACUUCAAAUCGAAUCGGAUUCACGGAUGAAGCUAUCUUUUCUUAGUCGGUACUUCAACAUGUGAUCUUGUCACUAUAUAUAGAUGUUGUAUCAGCAAGGGCGAAACCAAACCCUAAUGGAUUAUGGCUGUCACGCUCAUUGUUGUACAUUAUGCUACUGUUGCUGCUCGUGAACAACUCGUCUUCCCCGUACGUUAACAGACGGUGAUCAUGCUCCUCUCUCCUCACAUUAUCGUUGCUGGUCAACCCCAGAAAGUCUCUGGUCAAAGGGUUCCUUUCUGCCACGUGUCAAACCCCACGUACUCUUCUUGGGCCAUCCUCUCCAUCAUGUUCACAUCUGACCCCGCACUACCUAGCUGGGCCAUGUUGCAUUUCACGUGAUCCACAUUGGUGGCCCCCACGUUGGCUGCCUUCUGUAGAAGCGCCGUGGUCGAGAGGAACGAGGAAGGAGCCAUCGGAGGGGCCGCCGGUUCUUGAAAGUACGGUAACGGUGCUCCCGGAGCACAACCACUACUGAGUGACUGAGUCUCGCUGAUUUGAUCAUAGUAGAGAGGUGAUGGGGUGGUUGUGGGUCCCAUGGGAUGCCGCCGCCUAUGCACAUCAAGAAGCCUGUUGAUGUUGUUGCCGGUGGCGGCGGCGGUGAUGGUGGGGUUGGGAAGUGUCGCUAUGGUGGAGAGGAGCAGAGAGGGUUGAGGUGGAAGCUGGGUUUGAUUUGUUGGGGAGGAUUAUGAGUAUGACUGUUAUGGGUUAGACGGUGCAUUAGCAGUAUUGACUUCGCAGAAAUUCUGGCACUCUCUUCAGCUAAAGCAUCAUAGAAUGCUCUCUGUGUUAUAAAGCUAUCCUUCCUCCGUUGAUGACUGAUUGAUUAGCCCUUAGCCCACAUUUUAAUCCAUUUUUAACAAUAAAGAGGGAUGAUACCCCAACAUCAGCUAGAGAAACUUAAUUAGAAAGAUGUAAAUUAGAUUUUAAUCGCAGGUUGCUGAAAGAUAGAUGCCUUAUGCAUUUCACAUGUAACCUCUUAACGUAAUUGUUAGGAUUUAAAAUUUGGAAACCAAGACUUACUGCGACACCUUCUUCCUACUCCAUUUUAAUUCAUU